UUGGUAUGCAGCUCCAACAAACUGAAGGAGAUGGCUCAGUCGAUCUUCAUGGCAGGCAUACUGGUUGGAGGGCCUGUGUUUGGAGAACUGUCAGACAGGUUUGGCCGCAAGCCCAUCCUGACCUGGAGCUACCUAAUUCUGGCAGCCAGCGGCUCAGGUGCUGCCUUCAGCCCCAGCCUCUCCAUCUAUAUGAUCUUCCGAUUCCUGUGUGGCUUCAGCAUCUCAGGCAUUAGUCUGAGCACCGUUAUCUUGAAUGUGGAAUGGGUACCCACCUCGAUGCGGGCCAUCUCAUCAACAUCAAUUGGGUACUGCUACACCUUUGGUCAGUUCAUUCUGUCCGGCCUGGCCUAUGCCAUUCCUCAGUGGCGCUGGCUACAGUUAACAACAUCUGUUCCCUUCUUCAUCUUCUCCCUGUUAUCCUGGUGGGUACCAGAGUCCAUUCGCUGGCUGGUUCUAUCUGGAAAGUUCUCAAAGGCCCUGAAGACACUCCAACGGGUGGCUACCUUCAAUGGCAAGAAGGAGGAGGGGGAAAAUAUCACCAUAGAGGAACUGAAGUUCAGCCUGCAGAAAGACAUCGACUCAGUCAAGAUCAAAUAUGGCUUAUCUGACUUGUUCCGGGUAUCCAUCCUGCGCCGUGUGACCUUCUGUCUCUCCCUGGCCUGGUUUUCUACUGGUUUUGCCUACUACAGUUUGGCUAUGGGGGUAGAAGAAUUUGGAGUCAACAUCUACAUACUCCAGAUCAUCUUUGGUGGGGUCGACAUCCCAGCCAAGUUCAUCACAAUCGUCUCCAUAAGUUAUCUGGGCCGGCGCAUCACCCAAGGCUUCCUCCUGCUCCUGGCAGGAGGGGCCAUCUUGGGAAUCAACUUGGUGCCUUCAGAAAUGCCGCUCAUGAGAACAGCACUGGCUGUAUUUGGGAAAGGAUGCCUAUCUGGUUCCUUCAGCUGCCUCUUCCUCUACACAAGUGAACUCUACCCCACAGUUGUCAGGCAAACAGGUAUGGGUAUUAGUAACUCGUGGGCUCGAGUGGGAAGUAUGAUAGCUCCACUGGUGAAAAUCACGGGUGAGGUGCAACCCUACAUCCCUAAUGUCAUCUUUGGGACCACGGCCAUACUGGGAGGCAGUGCCGCCUUCUUUCUACUUGAGACCCUCAACCGGCCCUUGCCAGAGACUAUCGAGGACUUAGAAGACUGGCACCAGCAAGUCAAGAAAUCAAAGCAGGAGCCAGAAGCAGAAAAGUCACUUCAGACAAUCCCUCUGAAGACUGGAGGAUUGGACCCCAGCUGA